CCUCCAACGCGCGCCUGUGCCGUGGAGCUCCCCCCUUGCUGCGUGCAUCGUGAUCUCGUGGAUGCAGAGUCUUGCAGAGAACGCAGGGUCACCUUCUGUCGUACUGCAAGGGGAAAAUACGGUCUGAUUCGCAGCAGAUACUACUGGGCGGCAGCAGAAGCAGCAGCAGCAUCCCCGGUGAUCUCCUGCAGGGGACCAACAGCUCUCUUCAAAGUUUAUGGAAACCUGACCUCCCAUUGGUGGAGAAGUGCAUGAGGAACCCAGGUCUCCUGCAGAGGACAGGUUUAGUCAUUAGAGCGCUUUGCCACAUCCAGGAAAAUGUCUGGCUCCUACGAUGAAUCUGCAGGUGCUGACGACACCAUGGACAGCUUCUGGGAGGUGGGGAACUACAAACGUGCUGUCAAGAGAGUUGACGAUGGCCAUCGGCUCUGCAACGAUCUUAUGGGCUGCCUGCAAGAACGUGCCAAGAUAGAAAAGUCUUAUGGUGAUCAGCUAACUGCGUGGUCCAAGAGAUGGAGACAACUUAUUGAAAAAGGUCCACAGUACGGCUCCGUGGAGAGAGCCUGGCUCGCGGUCAUGACAGAGGCGGAGAGAGUGAGUGAGCUGCACCAAGAUGUGAAGAACAACCUGAUGAACGAAGACGUUGAGAAAGUCAAGAACUGGCAGAAGGAGGCAUAUCAUAAGCAAAUGAUCGGAGGUUUCAAGGAGGCCAAGGAAGCAGACGAAGGCUUCAAAAAGGCUCAGAAACCGUGGGCCAAAAAGCUCAAAGAGAUGGAGGCAGCUAAGAAAACAUACCAUAUGGCCUGCAAGGAGGAGAGGCUGGCUGCAGCCCGAGAGGCGAAUGGCAAGACUGAGGCUUCUGUCACACCAGACCAGCAGAAAAAACUUCACGAGAAAGUGGACAAAUGCAAACAGGACAUGCAAAAGGCUAAAGAGAAGUAUGAGAAGUCCUUGGAUGAGCUAAACAAGUGCACUCCUCAGUACAUGGAGAGCAUGGAGCAGGUGUUUGACCAGUGCCAGCAGCAUGAAGUCAAGAGGCUAACUUUCCUCAAGGAGGCCUUGUUGGACAUAAAACGCCAUCUUAACCUCACUGAGGGCCAAAGCUAUAUCGCAAUAUACAGAGAACUGGAGCGCACGAUUCAGGCCAUAAGCACACAAGAGGACCUGAGGUGGUUCAGCAAUAAUCACGGCCCAGGGAUGCCCAUGAACUGGCCUGCAUUCGAGGAGUACAACCCAGACCAGGCAGCUGCUCCUCCAAAGAAGAAGAAACCAGAUGGAGCCCCACCCACUCCAAGCACUGACCAUGUGGCUCCCCCUGGUGAUCGUAGCAGCGUGAGCAGCUAUGAAAAGAACCAAGCUUAUUCGACCGAGUGGUCCGACGACGAGCAGCCUGCUGCGUACUCCGGCAACGAGAACGGCGGGAACAGGAACUCGUUUGAGGACGACACCAUCUCUGCGAAAGGCGUGCGCGUGCGCGCCCUCUAUGACUACGAUGGCCAGGAGCAGGAUGAGCUCACCUUCAAAGCAGGUGACGAAUUUACUAAGACGGAGGACGAAGACGAGCAAGGCUGGUGUAGAGGUCGUAUGGACAACGGCCAGGAGGGACUGUACCCGGCCAAUUACGUGGAGCCAAUCUAGUCACGUGACCGGACAGAGACAUGCCGCUGGAGGCAGCUUGAACCGUCCCGUCUAACUGUACCGCACAUAGCCAGAGACUUAAGAGCAACACAUCCUUUGCCCAACAGAUGCGCCAAGCUGUCUUGCCUAACUAAAACUUAGUAACCUAAAAAGACACUAUAUCAGUAUAGUAUAUUUUAUCCAGCAUUUGGGGGUGGGUGAAGGUGACACAUUCAAAAAAAAAUAAAAAAAAUAAACAGCAGAUGUACUAUUGUAUACACGCUCAACUCAAACAUGAAGACAGUGCAGGAACACAUUGCUUCUCAGUGUGGCUGUGUUUAAUAUACGACACAGCUUAUUAUUAACUCACAGUGUACUGCAGCGUGUUCUCCUGAAGGGAAGACAGUAUAAUCCGUUUUACUCAUUUAACAAAGAUGAGCUUCUCUAACCUGCGUUGUGUAUAUACAGUGUUAUGCCAUUUUGUGUAGCAUUUUUAAUGCUGUGUAUGUCAUUCUUACAACGGGAAUGCUGUGUAGUGUUGACAGUACCACAGACUGUAUCCUUUUUUUUUUUUUGUUUGUUUGUUUGUUUCCUUUUCCUUUUUUCUUUGGAAUUCUGUCCGGCCUCCGUUCCAGUGUGUGCAGUGCUAUGUGUUUUUCGAACUGUUUCUGAACUUGCAUAGCAGCAUGUGCUAUGCAAAGAGUUACAUUCUCCCUCCCCGAGUCCCUGCAGCCUCGUCACGGCUACAGCCUGAUGCAACACUUCAACCACAAAUGCAGCAUUUACAUGCUUCUGGACAUGCAUGUGCUCCUGGUUUCACAAGAGAAGGCUUCUCGAUGAACCGACCUCACGUCUGCUUUUCUUUCGACUCCCCUUUUUUUUCCCUCCUGUCCCUGUAAAUCCUUUUGACUGUAUCAUCCUCAUGCAAAUCCAUGGAAAGGAUUUACAUAUUUUUUUUUUUAUUUUUUUUUGCAGAAGCCUUCAUUCACGCUUCAGCAAAUCAGGGUUUCACGUUAAUUAAACUGUGCUAACGAGACGUACAGGCAUUACUUCAGAGCGAAGUUGGAUCAAGUCAUCUUGAGCUUGAGACUGCAUUGUAGGAGGGAUGCCUUGAACAAUACACGUGCCUGGGACUCUUUUCCAGAGCAAAGGGCGUACGGAUGCAUGUCAGUUAUAACUGUGUAAUAGACGUCUGUCUAAAGAUUGACCCCUACUCUAACAGGACAUGAAUGUACCAGUGAUUGGGCUUUAAAGGGGGUAAGAUGUCUAAAUCUUUUCACUGGCAUAAGGCGGUAGUUAUAUGGCCCUUCCCCAGCUGAGCCAAAGAUUGAUCCAUCACCACUCACUCUAUACACGAAUGGCACAUAUCUCGUGAAGCAUAUUCAUCAAAUUAGUUUUUGCUUCCCAGCCCAAACAAACUUCCCUUUGUCUGCAAAACCUGCUCAGUGACUUAAAGAAGACGUCAGCGGUGCACUGCAUGGACUCACUGCAGCAUAUGGUUAUUUUUUUUUUGAUCGUUAUUAUUCUUUCUAGGAAUUAUAGUACCUAGUUUAAGUAUUCAUACAACUUGAACUUCUUUUUUCACGUUACAAACAGAUAUUUUAAAAAAAAUUUAUGUGGAUUUUAAAGACAACAAUUAGCGCGGAAUAAGAAAAAAAAAAAAAAUUGUUGUACGCCCAUAAGGGUUGCAUGCACAUGUUUUCAACGCCCCCCUGAGACAAUAUUUAAAGAACCAGUUUUUUCCUGGAAUUAAGGUACAAGUUUUUGGGGGCAUUUUUCAUUCAGCUUUGCAAGUGACGUCCACAGUUUUUGCUUAAUCUUCUUUGCAAAAUAGCUAAAAAGAAAUAAUAUUUACAUUUUUUGCACAGAUUCUCGGUAGGUCUGCAUUUUCACUCUGCCCUCAUAGCACUUGAAUAUGCUCUGAUCCAAACCAUCCAUUGUAGCUGUGGCUGUAUGCGUAGUGUUGGGAGGUCAGCCGUCACCCUAGUUUCAAGUCUUCUGCAGCUUCCAACAGGUUUUCUUCCAGUUUUCCCCUGUAUUUAUCUCACUUCAUCUCACUAUCGACACUUACUUCUUUCCCUGCUCCUGAUGAGGACGAGCAGCCACACAGCAUGACGCUGCUACUGUCGGUUUUCGCCGUGGCGAAGGCGUGUUCGGCUGGGAGUGUUUCCGCCAAACAUUGGGUUCUGCACACAGAAGCAGUGGUUCGGUUUUUGGCCAUAUCUGACCAAAGCAAGGCCUGAACACAUAUGUAUGCCAGAUUCUUUGGAUUAUUAUCUGCAAAAACACAUUGGAGUUUUUAGUUGAAACUUGGAAAAAAAAAGUGAAAAUGUUUAGGUGGUAUGAAUACUCAUGCAAGGCACAGUAUUUUAUUAUGAUUUUUUUUUUAUAACUACUUCUAUUAUUUUUAUUGAAUUAUAUUUAUCACAUGUUGAUUGGUGGGUUUUGUUAACUCAGUUCAGAUCAAAUGUGGGUGUAUUUUUUUUUUUCUUUUUUUUUUUUGCAGCAUAAUCAUAAAGGUCACUGGAUUAACAGUGAUUGGAGGUAUUUAGCUCUGGAUUUGGAAACGUCUCACACACGAGGACGAAACACAUCACCAGCUCACAAGGUGCGUCUUAGAGUGCAGCGUGUCCAGCAGGUUAAAAAUGGCUCCUGCCGUCAAAACUCUCCCACUUUCCUCAACGCAGACACAUAAUACACAAAGACACGGGUGGCAGACUCACAAUAUACACAAUAUCUGCAAGUUCAGACUCCUUAUCUAUGAUUCCAGGUGAAACACUUUGGGGUAAAACAUCUGUAUCAUCCAGUGUGUAUGAGUUGUGUAAAUGUUAUACAAAGUUGUAACAAAACAAGCAAAAAAAAAAAAAAUGCAAAAAAAAAAAAUGCAAGUGAUUGACUAUUAAGACAAAAUGUAGUGUUAUACAUGUAAAUGUGUUUCAUUAAAUGACAGCAAUGGAAAAACGUAUUAAGUAAUAGGUACCAUAUCGUAUGAAUCUUAUUGCAAUGAAACUGUCAGUGUAUCAUAAAAGCGUGACGUUAUCCCACGCUGUCAGAUUUGUACAUGAUGAUGUAAUUUAAAGAUUAUAUUCUAUUGUAACUGUACAACUGUGUUGAGUUGAAAAUGAGACCUAACUAUGUUGAGACAGUAAAAAAAAGGUGUACAUGUAAA